AAUUUUCAACCGUCUCCCUUACUGCGUUUAUUCUGAAAAGCCUGACAGGAAGUCUAUUUUAUGAAGCGUGAAAACCCACAGGUGUGAUAAAAAGAUAGUUUAACAGUAAAGUCCUCGUCGUUUGAAAUAUGUCAAACAAAGUGGAGGUUAACUUGACCGGAGUCAGACAGAGCAAAGGCGUGUGGCUCGUUAAGGUACCCAAAUACUUAUCACAGCAAUGGGACAAAGCCACAGAAAAGGGAGAAGUUGGAAAAAUCACAAUUGGCAAAAAACAAGGUAAAACUGAGGUGUGUUUCAGUCUGAGUGAGGAACUGGCGGCCCUGGGCUCUGCGGAGGAGAAGGAUGCAUCAGUGCAGGUCCCCAGGGAUCAUCCCUUCACUAUGCAAACAGUGGGCGGACAAACCAUGGCUGUCUUCAGCCAAAGCGACACAGAUGGAAUCAGCUUGGAGGGAACGGUGGUGCACAGAGCGGAAUGCAGACCCAACGUCUCUGAAGACUACAUGAAGAUCAAACGGCUGCAGAGCGAGUCUGUCAAGCCCCAGCGUCUGUCGCAGCAGCUGGACCGGGCCAUCACCACUGUCUUCAAGCCUGUGGCCAACCAUGAUUUCAAUGUGGAGUUUGAGAAGAAGAAGAAGUCUGAAGGGAAGAUGGUGAGGGCGGAGCGGCAGGUUGUGAUGGACAUGCUCUUCUCUGCUUUUGAGAAGCACCAGUACUAUAGCUUCAAGGACCUGGUGGACAUCACCAAACAACCCGUGACCUACCUCAAAGAAAUCGUGAGGGAAAUCGGAGUAUGCAACCGCAAAGGAGCACACAAAAGCAGCUGGGAGCUGAAGCCGGAGUACCAGCAUUACCGCGCUGACGAUGAGGAAGAGGAGAAGCAAGACUCAUAGGUGUCCUCUGCAUCUGUCCGUCGGUUCUUUAGUUGAGAUGAGGCCUUUAAGUUGUGUAUAUUUAGUUAUAAGCCUCUGCAGAAUUGUCCCAGCGCUCCAUUGUGGCCAGACAGUGAACAGGCUGCAAAUGUCAUUGGACACACCUGUUUGAAACGCCACGCAUCGUUAAGUUCAACGCCGGCGCAAAGAGGUGUUUAUUUGAAGAGACACUGUUAACAGUAAUGAGUCUGGAAAAUAAAGAUUAAAGAGCAUUUGUAGUUC